GGAAAGGACGCUUACUUUGUUCUUUCAUUGACUGAAAACCCCAACUAACUUCUCAUCAUUAUAUUUUCUAAUCAUCAAUUAUCCACUAACUACUUAUAUCAUAGCUUUGUUGGAUAAAAAACUGGUUUUAUAGAAAUUUGAAUGAAUCCUUAUUGAUUACAUUUGGACUUCAAAGUCUGCAGAAUGAAUCUCUGGCUCUAUUUUUAAGAAUGUUUUUUAUUAAUUAUUAAUCAGGAAUUAUAAACAAUAUUUACCAAAACAAAUAGUGAAUAAAACAAAUUAUGGCUUUUAAUGGUAAAUCUGUAAUGUCAUUGAAGGAGUUUUUCCUGAGGAAACAAGUUUUAAAAUUGUAUAAAGAUAUACUUUUAUGUAUUCGUGAAGUUCCUUCUUUAGAAGAUCAGAAAGAACUGAGAGAGUGGGUGAGGAGAGAUUUCAAAGCCAAUAAAUAUCACCAAGAUCAGUAUGCAAUCAAAUCGCUUCUCAAGUAUGGUGAAAGAUCGUUAAAAGAAUUACGUCAAAAUUUGCAGUUUACAAGAGCCCAGAUCGCUGGAGCAAUAAGAGUGAUCAGAGCUGCGAUUUCACAGCAUCUAUAGUGACAGUGCCAGCAGUGAUCAUCACUGUUGGAGUACAGUGAUUUUACAGCGCCAACAGUGACUGUCACCGUUGGGGCGCAGUGAUUUCACAGCGACUACAGUGACCGUCACUGUUGGAAACUAAAUACAAAUGUGGCCAGAUAUUAUCUUAAAUUUGAAUGAUGGGAUUGCCUAGUGAAUAAUAUUGCUGGUCUGGAGUUACAAACAGUUUAAAAAAAUUAUUGUGGGUAAGUUAAAAUAAUUGCAAACAGAUAGAUAUUUUCUUUAACGACACCAGUUCGAAUGGGCCAUAGUAGCUUACAAUGUAUUUUGUGGUGGACCCACUGAAUAAACCUCGAACUUUCCUUCCUGGUUAGAAUAGGUUUGAGUAUAUCUCUAGAACAAAUCCCCUCCCCCCAUAUGCCCGAAAUGGCAAGAUAGGGCUAUCACGAGUUUGAAGCUGGCCUGGGAAGGUUGAAAUUUAUUUCAUGGCAGACCCACAGAAUGAAUCAUGACCUCACUCUGGUUAGAAUAGGUUAAGUCGUAUCUACAAAAAUUAAAUAAUAUUAUAAAUAAAAACAUGAGAGCUGUAUCAUUUUGCCCUGGACCUUGGCUCAGCUUACUGCAACCCUGCUAAUAAUAUUAGGCAAAUUAGGUCCAGAAUAAGUAUUCCAAGAUUUGCUUCAUUCCAAAAGACCAAUAAUUUGGAGUUUGACCUACUUAUAUUGAAAUUUAAUGGAUGCUACGCUGAACUGAGUAAUUAGAACUUUUACAAAGAAAAUUAGAUUUUUCAAUUCAUAAAGAAGUGUUUUUGUGAAACAUCUACAGUAAGAAAAAUUUGUCCUCUAAUGCAAAAAUAAGGCACUACAGUACAGUAGUCCUGCACCAGUGAUACUGUAUAGUAUGGAAACAGUUAGCCUUCCGAGCCUAGAGAUAUUCCUGAAGGUUGAGAGGGAAAUUCUGAGGAGGAUUCACGGACCCAAAAUAACGCAAGAGGAAUAUAGGCGAAAAUCCAAUGAAGAAAUAUAUAUGAGAAGGAGUUGGUCAGGAGGUGCGGUCAAAUCAAUACUAAACUUUUAGGGGAGAAGGGCGAGACGAUGGAGAAAAUUGACUAAGAGCGAGAGGAACAGUCCAGGAGGUUGAAGGAGUAUUGGAGUAGGAGGGCGGAAGGUGUGAAGAAGAACAAGAAAUGAUAUUCGUGUGGUCUUUGCUGGCCGAUUCGAGUAAAAAAAUUUUUAAUGUGAUUUUUCCUCAAAUCUUUAGAUUAAGUUGAUUAGCGUUUUAAAAUUAUCUAGAUAUAAAACACUGAAGAAAAAUACAAAGGCAGUUAACAAAUAAAACCAUUUGAUAAUAAAGAGUUUAAUUUUCAGUUAUUGGAGGAUUCAAUGUUAACAAUAAGAACAGUAUUAUCCUAAAUAAAUAUGCAUACUAGUUAAAAAUUUACACUUUCAUCAGAUCACACUGAGGUAAAGAGCAUUGUGAUUGUGUAAAAAAUAAGUAGUAGUGUUCCUAAAAUAGUAACACACAGUGAUAUUGCUUGUCUUACAGAAGACACUGGUACUUUUGAGGAUAAAAAUAUGUCAAGUGUUGCUCUUAUAAUAUGUUGUCCAUCAAAGUAAAAACAGGGAAUGAUAUUCAAAAUAGCAAUACCAGAUGAGAAAAUUGUAAUGAAUUGGCAUAGUUUAGUGAGAGCAUCUGGCAGAGAUGAAGGUAGAAAUGAGUAAAGGCUAAUAAAAUCGGAGGUUUUGACUGAGUUAUAAAUUUCUGAUGGGCCACCUAGGUACAGUACAACAGGUCCUUUAGCCCUAUAAAUUCUUAUUAGCUUAGUAGAAUUCUCAAGUGAAGGUCUAAAACAAUGAAGAGAUGGAAGACAAUCAGAAGCAGAAAGGCAUGUAGAUGAAGAUAGCUCAACAACUUUUCUUGCGAAUAAACAUGAAUGCUGAGGUAACGGAAGAGGUUCAGACUCACUUCCAACAUAUUCAAAGCAUAAGUGAUGAGGACUAUUGUUACUGCAGCACUCAAUAACACUCUCUGAAAGAUGUUUGGCUGAAACAUA